CAACUAGACGAAAUAUUUGAUCCCGAAGUCUUUGGGGACAUUAGGAAUUAUGAGUGUCAAGAGCACUGUCAGAAUCUGGUCACCAUUUUGUGGAAUGACCAUUUAAAAAAUCAUGUUCUAAAAGUCAAAUUAGUAUGGUAAUUGCUCACUGUUCAGCAACCUAGCUUACCUGGUGAGGUACAUUUCCUGACAAGCAUGGGCAUACAGCCUCCUCGUAUUUUUAUUUUCUAAUUAUAAUCCAUGGAGUUUAAGUGAAGGUCAUGGCACUUCUUCCAUUUAAAAAAAAAAGGGAAUAAACAAAAUCAAAUCAGGGGCUCCAACUGAUACCAGGUUAGAUAAGUGUCUCUGCACCUCCUAGAGGCACACCAUUAUUUAAUACUGCUUUAAUAGGUCUUGAAGAAGAUAACAGAAAUGAACUUUACGCAUCUUCCCAUAUAAAUGCCAAGACCACAAUAUAUUAUGUUGAAUUUUGUAUGUUUUGUUCAAACGCCUUAAGCUAUGGAGGAUUGAAGGAAACAUUUCACAUGAUCUCUGCUUAUGACUGUCAGACAGUAUUGAAAGAGAAAUAUAAACUUCUUUGCCUUUUUUUCAAGUGCAAUUUCUGUCAUCCCUAUCGUAUACUCUGAUAUACUAGUUAUAGGCAUAUUUUAUAAUCUGCAGCUUUUGCAAGUGACAUGGAUUUCUUGGGCCAAGUGUGUUGUUGCUGUUACCACGAUGAAGAUGAAUUAGAGAAGAAUUCAUUGAACACGGGUGACACAUUUCAGUAUUUCAAUAAGUUACAGAAAUGGCGGCAGUCAGAGGCAGCUAAUUUGUGGAAUGAACCUGCAGACUCCGCUCAUGUGGAGCGGGGAGAUGAUCAUGAGCUUCACAAGCUGCUAGAGAAAAGGUCAAAAAUGCGUCGUGGGUCAGAGGGAUAUCGACGUUUGAGCUUUGACAUCAUUGCCCACCGACAGAUCCGUCGAAAGGUAAAGGAUCGAUGGAAACAUGUCUUGGAAGUCUUAGGAUUCAAAGCUGAAGCAGAUGGCCUACUCACUGUAACUUCCUGUACUUCCUAUGAAUCUCUCCACAAUCCUCAAGAGGCCCGUAGACUCCACACUAUCCUGGCUGAACAGACAUCAAUUUUUGGUCAUCACCAUGGAGGUCCACCAGAGAGAUAUCUCUUUGUCCUGGACCGGCUUAUUCUUCUUGAUGUGGGAGAUGAUUUUCUGUCAGCUGCCCGACACUUUUAUCCUGCAGAGGAAGAAGAAGACAUGUCUUCCAGUGAUGGAGGACCAUCUACUCCUGGUCCCAUUUUAGUACAAUUAAAUAAUGAAACUCAAAAAGAUGCUGAAGUAGAACAGGGGGAGGAAUUAAAUGAGGACUAUGAAUAUUUUGGAGAGGCAAAGGAAGAAAUGGAUAAAUCUGAGUAAAGUACCAUGAAGAGAAGCCAACUCAAAUGAUUUAGUAUAGAUCUAUGGAGGAUUAGAGCAAGGAUUCUCAUCCUUCAUUUUUUUAAAAAAAUUCACUAGUUAUCAUAAGAAACAGAAUCCACAUAAUACAAAAUAAAACUCCCCGUACACUGACAAUGACAGCUGUACAUUUACAAAUAAUCUGUUACUAAAUUUAUCAUGUACAGUAAGUUUGAAAGACUUGAAAUUUCAUGUAGUUAUUCUGUGUCCCAUCUAGAAUGCUUCUGAAUCCCAUUGAUGCCAAUAUUGAGUCUAGGUAACUUACAUUGUGGACUUUUUAAAAAGUUAUUUUUCAUAGAAUAAACUUGCCUUUCCUUAUUUCCCAUUUCUUGUUUUCUUUUUAUUAUUAUAGCACAGUCUAAAAUAGUCUUUGAAAUUUAUACUAUAAAUAAGUCACUGUCCCUUCUAAAUGAUAAAAGUAGGAAAUGGUAAACAUUUGGGGGUAAAUAAUGUAGCAGAACUAUCUUUCUUUUCUCUCUAAUUUAAUGUCUUCACACUGCCCCUUGCUACUGUUGGCUGAUACCUUAUUUUACAUUGUGUUUUACAAGACUCCAAAUCAUUUUAUGUCACGUGCAAGAAAUGACACAAGGAGCUGAUUAGAGUGAUAUGUUUAUGGCAGCUUGUCUAUAGAAAGGAAUAUAGUCAGACUAAAGCGCUCACCACACAACCAGUAGAUAAACACUGUGAAGAUUUAGGGAGGAUCCCCUUUCAGCUGCUUCCUUCCCAUCAACUCAGCUCUAAAUUCCACCACAUUUUACUUUUCAUUUGUGGUUAUUUCUUAUACAUGAUAGAGGUUGAGAAUGAGAAAUGUAAAACUCUCCAAAGAUAGCAAUCACAUCACCCACCCUUCUUACCCUACACAAUGUCCACCUUAGAGUUUCUGGUAUAACACAACAAUAUUUCAUCUGCAUGCAAGAAUGGCUUCAGAUACCAUGCUAAGCCAUGAUUUAAUUAGCUAUGGUUUGUUGAACAGAUCAGAAUUCACUAGUUCAGCAUUCUAAUUGAUAUGGCUUUGCCUCUCACUGUAUCGCAAUUGCAGUUAGACUUAUAUACCGCUUCAUAGGGCUUUCAGCCCUCUCUAAGCGGUUUACAGAGU